AUAGUGCAGAAGUAAAGUGCAUUUUCACAUAUCUCUCUAAUUACCAUGCUUUGAUCUAAAUUAUAUUGUCCUGUCAUCAUUUGGGAACCUCUGAUAUGUUUCCAUUUUCCCUUUUCCCCUUAAAUAAAAUUUAGUUAUUACAAACUGUUACUUGUAUAUUUAACGCUGUGGAAGUUAGAUCUAUAUUAAAACACGAAGAUGAUUUUCGUAAGCGUAGUGUUGAUAGCGGGGGUCAGUGCGAUGUCAAUAGAUUUACUGCAAGAUGAAUGGAACACUUUUAAGCUAAAACAUGGUAAAAAGUAUGACCCCUUAGAAGAACAUCACCGCAAGCAGGUCUUCCUGUAUAACAAACAUAUCGUAGAAGAACACAAUCAACGCUACCUGCGCGGAGAGACCACAUAUUACAUGAGAAUAAACGAAUUCUCCGAUUACUUUGAUACGGAAAUUAAUAAUUCAUUGUACGGAUUCAAUAUCACUGAUUAUCUGUUGCAUGUGGAUAAAGGAGCCACGUUCAUUCGGCCAACAGAUUAUAUACCCGAGGAAAUAAACUGGGAGCACAGAGGUGCAGUCACUCCGGUCAAAAAUCAACGCGGCUGCGCUUGUUGUUGGGCCUUCUCAGCUACUGGUGCUUUGGAGGGUCAAGUCUUCCUUAGCAAAAACGUACUGGUGUCGCUGUCGGAGCAGAACCUUGUUGACUGCGAUUCGCGGGGCGACGGCUGCAGCAGCAGCGGUAACAUGCUUUCAGCAUUCGCCUACGUCUCACAGAACCAAGGCAUCGAUAGAGAAGACGCCUAUCCCUAUUACGCAAGAAAACAACAAUGCGCUUUUAAAAACGUAACUGUGGGCGCACGGUCUGCUGGCUUCACGGCGAUAAUGUUUGGAAACGAGUUGAUUCUAAAAGAAGCUGUGGCGACGCGAGGCCCUAUCUCAAUCGCGUUCCAUGCUAUGCACAGCUUCAGAACUUAUAAAGGCGGCAUAUACUAUGAAGAUAGGUGUAAUGCCAACAACCUAAACCAUGCAAUGCUGGUGGUAGGAUAUGGUAGGGAGCGAAACCAGGACUACUGGCUGGUGAAGAACUCGUGGGGCACUGGAUGGGGAUUGAAGGGCUACGCGAAGGUCGCUCGAAACCGGGGAAACAAUUGCGGAAUUGCGACCAUUGCCAGUUACCCGAAUAUAAAAUUGUAACAUUUAACUAUUAUUAUAAUCUGUUUUGUUACUGAAACUGUGUGAAUUUAAUUUCAUUUGU